AUGCACCCCCAGCAGCAGCAGCAGCAGCAGCGGCAGCAGCGGCAGCAGCGGCAGCAGCGGCAGCGGCAGCGGCAGCAGCAGCGGGAGCGGGAGAGGCGCAGCAGCAAGUCGGGGAGUCGGGAGUGUCGAGGCGCACACCGAGUGGCGCGCAAAGGCGCAGGCGCUGCACUGUACGUACACCGCAGGGGCGGCCCGCAGCUCCUCGUCGCCCGAAGCGAAGUCCCGCUUCCCGCGAGUUGUGGGGCUUUCCGAGGCCCGGGAAACGCGAAGGGGCUCAGCAGCAGCAGCAGCAGCAGCAGCAGCAGCAGCAGCGGCAGCGGGAGCAGCAGCAGCAGCGCCAGCAGCGGCUCCCGCUGGCGCGAGGAGGGAAGCGAGGCCGGGCCUGCUGCCGGGAGUGUUUGGGCAGCCGCAAAAAGCAAAUUGGAGAAAAGAAAAAGACAAAAGAAGUCUGGAACUUGGAAGCAAAGUGGUGCAGCAGAAGUGGUUGCGGGCGGCCGCUGCGGGCGGCGGAGCUGA